AUGCGUUCAAUCGUAUUGGCUUCGUGGUGCUUCUGCUUGUUUGCAGCCGUUUCUUCACAGAACGUGGGCACUCAAGCAGCAGAAGAGCCUCUGAACAUGCCCAUUUCCGUUUGCUCAGGCCCUGGUAACUGUCAAACGGAAGCCGAUGGUGUCGUCCUCGAUGCCAAUUGGCGCUGGACCCACACGACUACCGGUUACACCAAUUGCUACACCGGCAAUUUGUGGGACAAUUCUCUCUGCCCGGAUCCGGACACUUGCACUACCAACUGCGCCAUCGAUGGUGUCCCAUUGUCUGACUGGACCGGAACUUAUGGUGGCAGCACCUCCGGCAAUGCCCUUUCCCUCAAAUUCGUUACCCAGGGACCUUACAGCAAGAACAUCGGCUCCAGGACUUACCUACUUGAUUCCAGCAAACAAAGGUAUCGCAUGUUCCAGCUUUUGAACAGGGAAUUCACCUACGACGUCGAUGUAUCUAGCCUGGACUGUGGCUUGAACGGUGCUCUCUAUUUCGUAUCCAUGGAUGCUGAUGGAGGUGCUGCUAAAUAUCCGACCAACAAGGGUGGAGCCAAGUACGGUACCGGUUAUUGUGACGCUCAGUGCCCCCACGACAUCAAGUGGAUCAACGGAAAGGCCAACUCAAAGGAUUGGGUGCCAAGCCCCGAAGACGCCAACUCUGGAAAAGGCCACUAUGGCAACUGCUGCGCCGAAUUGGACAUCUGGGAGGCUAACAAGCAGAGCCAAGCUUUCACCACCCAUCCGUGCACCACCAACGACCAGACUCAAUGUGAAGGAACUGUCUGCGGUGAUAAUGACUCUGGUGACAGGUACAAUGGCAUGUGCGACAAGGAUGGUUGCGACUUUGCUUCUUACCGUUUGAACGACCGCACUUUCUACGGUCCCGGUUCCAGUUUCCAGGUUGACACCACUAGACCUUUCACUGUUGUCUCCCAAUUCCUCACCACCGAUGGCACUGACAACGGAGACUUUAAGGAAUUCCGUCGUUUCUACAUCCAGGACGGACGGCGAAUUGAAAACUCUAAAGUCAACUUCGAUGGCGUUGCUCCUUACGAUUCCCUUACCGACGAGAUGUGCUCCGCCACGAAGGCUCUUUUUGGCGACAUAGACGACCAUAAAAACAAAGGUGGCCUUAAAAAGAUGGGCGAAGCCAUGAAAAAGGGCAUGGUCCUUGUUAUGUCUAUCUGGGACGAUCAUGAUGUCAACAUGCUCUGGCUGGACAGCAAUUAUCCUCCAAAUGGAGACCCUAACCAACCAGGUAUCGCUCGUGGACCGUGCCCGACCACAUCAGGUGAACCGUCAGAAGUGGAAGUGACACAGGCCAACGCCGUUAUCAAGUUCAGCAACAUUAAGUUUGGACCUAUUGGCUCAACUGCUUAAAACAUUCACUGAUGUUCACGUCUCUCCGACUGUGCUGAUUAUUCUGAUUUUCUUUGAUCAAUGACAACUUUCGAUUUAAUAAAAAUGUUACUAAAAAGCA